AUGAAUGCUGUGCAAAGUCCUGAGGGGCAGGAGCUGCAAAACCUGGGGAGCGAAGCCUGGGACAACCCUGCCUAUAGUGGUCCCCUCUCGCCACAUGGGACGCUGAGGAUCUGUACCAUCUCCAGUGCGGUAACCCCCCAGCCCCAGGCCAGGAAACCUGAAGACAGACCCCAGGAGAAGGCACCCAGGACCCUGGUGUCCACCUGCUGCCUUCAGAUUUGUCAGGGCAUCAGAGGACUUUGGGGGACAACCCUGACUGAGAACACAGCUGAGAACCGGGAACUUUAUGUCAAGACCACCCUGCGGGAGCUUUUGGUGUACAUCGUGUUCCUGGUGGACAUCUGUCUCUUGACCUAUGGGAUGACAAGCUCCAGUGCCUAUUACUAUACCAAAGUCAUGUCUGAGCUUUUCUUACACACCCCAUCAGACACCAGAGUCUCCUUCCAGGCCAUCAGCAGCAUGGCAGACUUCUGGAAUUUUGCUCAGGGCCCACUACUGGACAGUUUGUAUUGGACCAAAUGGUACAACAACCAGAGCCUGGGCCAUGGCUCCCACUCCUUCAUCUAUUAUGAGAACUUGCUGCUGGGGGUUCCCAGGCUGCGGCAGCUGAGGGUCCGCAAUGACUCCUGCGUGGUACACGAGGACUUCCGAGAGGACAUUGUGAGCUGCUAUGACGUCUACUCUCCGGACAAUGAAGAGCAGCUCCCUUUUGGGCCCCUCAAUGGCACCGCGUGGACAUACCACUCAGAGCAUGAGCUGGGGGGCUCUUCUCACUGGGGCCAGCUCACAAGCUACAGUGGAGGUGGCUACUACCUGGACCUUCCGGGAUCCCGACAGGGCAGUGCAGAGACACUCCGGGACCUUCAGGAGAGCCUGUGGCUAGACAGGGGCACUCGGGUGGUCUUCAUCGACUUCUCAGUCUACAAUGCCAACAUCAAUCUUUUCUGCGUUCUGAGACUGGUGGUGGAGUUUCCAGCUACCGGAGGUGCCAUCCCAUCCUGGCAGAUCCGCACAGUUAAGCUGAUUCGCUAUGUCAGCAACUGGGACUUCUUUAUCAUUGGCUGUGAGAUCAUCUUCUGCAUCUUCAUCUUCUAUUAUGUGGUGGAGGAGAUCCUGGAGCUCCACGUCCAUCGACUUCGCUACCUCAGCAGCAUCUGGAACAUUCUGGACCUGGUGGUCAUUUUGCUCUCCAUUGUAGCUGUGGGCUUUCACGUAUUCCGAACUCUUGAGGUGAAUAGGCUGAUGGGGAAGCUCCUGCAGCAGCCAGAUACAUACGCCGACUUCGAGUUCCUCGCCUUCUGGCAGACACAGUACAACAACAUGAAUGCCGUCAACCUCUUCUUUGCCUGGAUCAAGAUGUUCAAGUACAUCAGCUUCAACAAAACCAUGACCCAGCUCUCCUCCACACUGGCCCGCUGUGCCAAGGACAUCCUGGGCUUCGCUGUCAUGUUCUUCAUCGUAUUUUUCGCCUAUGCCCAGCUCGGCUACCUGCUUUUCGGGACCCAAGUGGAAAACUUUAGUACUUUCAUCAAGUGCAUUUUCACUCAGUUCCGGAUCAUCCUUGGGGACUUUGACUACCAUGCUAUCGACAAUGCCAACCGCAUCCUGGGACCUGCCUACUUUGUCACCUAUGUCUUUUUCGUCUUCUUUGUGCUUCUGAACAUGUUUCUUGCCAUCAUCAAUGACACAUAUUCAGAGGUCAAGGAGGAGUUGGCUGGACAGAAGGAUGAGCUACAGAUUUCUGACCUCCUGAAACAGGGCUACAAGAAGACCCUGCUGAAGCUGCGUCUCAGGAAGAAACAGGUUUUGGAUGUGCAGAAGGUCCUGCAGGGUGGGGAGCAGGAGAUCCAGUUUGAGGAUUUCACUAACACCUUGAGGAAACUGGGGCACAAAGAGCACGAGAUCACUAAGCUCACGGCUACCUUCACCAGGUUUGACCAAGAUGGGAAUCAUGUCCUGGAUGAGAAGGAACAAAAACAAAUGCAACAGGACCUGGAGGAGGAAAGGGUGGCCCUCAGUACUGAAAUUGAGAACCUGGGCUGGUCCUUUGUGAGGAAUUCACCGGAUAAAUCAGAUCUAGAGGCUACUGGAGCAGGUGACUGGGUUUCAGGAGAAGAAUUCUACAGGCUCACAAGAAGAGUUCUGCAGCUGGAGUCUGUCCUGGAAGGAGUCCUGGCCCAGGUGGAUGUUGUGGGCUCAAAGCUAAGAAUGCUGGAGAGGAAGAGGCAGCUGGCUCCCUCCCCAGGCGCGGGGGAGCAGGCACUUGGGAACACCUAUAGCCAGCCACAGCUGUGA